CUCAGUCUCUCUUUGACAUUGAAUGAGGAAAGGAGGAGAGGGCAGAGCAGGCAAAGGGUACCCUUGCUCAACAUGGGCCCCUCGCAGCUUUGGCUGCUCCUGCUGCUGAGUAGUGGUGCCUGGACACAAGACGAUGGUGCUGAAAAUACAAAUCCGCUUUGUUCAAGAGACACAGCCAGGUUUAAGCAUCUCAGAAAAUAUGUCUAUCACUAUGAAGCAGAAACCACAAGUGGGGUGACAGGAACAGCAGAUACACGCACUGGCUCCAAAAUUGUCUGCAAGGUUGAGUUGGAAGUCCCUCAGCUAUGCAAUUUCAACCUAAAGACAAGCCACUGUACCCUCCGAGAGGUGUCUGGGAUAAAUCCUGAGGGAGAGACCUUACUGAAGAAAUCACGGAGCUCAGAUGACUUUGCCAUGGCCAUGUCCAAAUAUGAGCUGAAAUUCAGUCUUAAGGAUGGGAAUAAAGUCCAACUGUAUCCUGAAGAUGAUGAACCUACACACAUCCUCAACAUCAAAAGAGGCAUCAUCUCUGCUCUUAUAGUGCCAACAGAGACAGAAGUGGAUGCCCAGACAUUAACUAUGGAUACUGUGUAUGGAAAAUGUGAGAGUGAAGUUGAAGCCAAAAACAGAAAGAGUGGUUCUGUCACUGCAGGAGAAAUUGAGAUCAGGAGAGACCUGAAAUCCUGUGAUAACUUUAUACCCAUCAGAGAUUACGUUAGUCCCAUUGCCCUCAUUAAAGGCUUGAAUGCACCAUUAUCCACCCUGAUAAGUAGCAAGCAGCAUUGUCAAUAUACAAUUGACCUGAAGAAAAGGCAUGUUUCUGCAGCAGUCUGCACUGAGAAACACUUGUUCCUGCCUUCUUCAUACAAGAAUGAGUACGGCAUGAUGGCAACAGUGAAACAGAUUCUGAGAAUUGAAGACACCCCGAGAAUCAACAACAGAGAUAUGGAUGUCAGUGGCCUGAUACACAGAAGACUAUCCUUGGAGGGUGUUGAGACCAAGUCCUCCAAGCAUGGUGAUGCUGUUCUGAAAGUCCUCCAGGAACUGCAGAAACUGUCAGUCACCCAGCAGAACCAGAAAAGAGCCAGCCUCUUCUACAGAUUUGUAACAGGACUGAGGGCCUUGCACAAUGAAACUCUAGGUCCCCUGGUGCCAAAGUUGAUGGAAACUUCCAGUUCCAUCACAGUGCAGGCUCUGACUCAGUGUGGUACCCCUGAAUGCUUUGGAGCUAUCCUCCAGAUACUGAGGACUGGCAACGUUGAUCCACUUAUAACAGAUGCCAUCACAUACAGCUUGGGACUACUGUCUCCUCCAUCUAAAAAGAGGAUACAGGAACUCCUUCACAUGGCCCAGUAUCACCAAAGUCGAGCAACUUUUUAUGCCUUGAGCCAUGCGGUGAAUCGAUUCUACAAUGAAAUAGGCCCUCAGACAAAAGAAAUAAAUGACGUUGGAAAUUUUAUGAUAUCAAUGAUUGGCAAUGAAUGUUCCAAGGAUGAUGAACUCACUUACCUGGCCCUGAAGGCUAUUGGCAAUAUGGGAAAAGCACUGAAUGAGAAUGCCAAUGUGAAACAUUAUCUAAAAAUAUGCAUUAGAAGUAAUGUUGCAUCUCCUGAAGUCCAGAAAGCAGCUAUCCAGGCACUGAGGAAAAUGAGUAUUACUGAGGAGGACCAAGCACUUCUUGUUAAAGUUUUCCAGGAAGCCUCCUCUCCAGUUGAUAAACGGCUGGCAGCUUAUCUAAUGUUGAUGAGGAAUCCUUCCUCCUCAGACAUUUCCAAGGUCCUUAAAACUCUUCAUAGGGACAAGAAUGAACAAGUGAAAAGCUUCAUAGCCUCCCACAUUGCCAACACCUUAGAUUCUGAAGACCCAGUUACUAGACUGCUCAGAAACAAAAUUCAAGAAGCUAUCAAAAGAGACCAGCUUCCAACAGCCAGAGACUUCCGAAAAUUUUCACGAAACUACCAAGCAUUCAAGAGUCUAUUGACGCCUUGGUCCCUUAGUCCUAUUUCAGGAAAAUUGGUGGGAAAUCUGGUUUUUGAGCCAAAUAGCUAUUUACCUAGGGAAUCCAUGCUAAAAACAACACUACAGAUUUUUGGAGUGAAACGGACGGAUCUGUUUGAGAUUGGUUUGGAUGGGAAAAACUUUGAGCCUACAUUGGAAGCCAUGUUUGGACCAGAAGGGUUCUUUCCUGACAGUGCGACCAAAGCUUUGUACUGGGUUAAUGGCAAAGUACCUGAACAAAUCUCCCAAGUGCUCUCUACAUAUUUUGAAUUUACCAAGGAUGGAAAACAAGAUCAGGAUAUUAUGAAAGGAAUCAUGCUUAAUUUUGAGAAACUGGUCAAGGAAAUCAACACCAAAGAAUCACCUGAAGCUAAAGCCUAUCUCCGAAUCCUUGGGGAAGAGCUGGGCUACUUGAAACUCAGUGAUAUUAAGCUAUUGGGAAAUCUGAUUCUGAAAAGCCUGAAAACUCUGCAGACUGUGCCUGAGAAGAUUGUCCAGAUAGUGUCAAAGGGGACAGAGAACGAUCUCUUUGCACACUACAUCUUCAUGGACAAUGAAUUUGAGUUGCCAACUGGGGCAGGAUUGCAGCUACAGUUUGCUCUGUCUGGAGUAGCCACUCCAGGAAUGAAGGCCGGAGUGAAACUUUCACAGAGGAAUAUGCAAGCAGAACUGAUUGCUAAGCCAUCUAUGGCAGUUGAGUUUGUAACUCAUCUAGGAGUGUACAUGCCUGAGUUUGCUAGAAGUGGUGUAGAAAUGAACACCAACAUGUACCAUGAGUCUGGAAUUGAAACUCAUAUUGGGUUGAGAGCUGGACAGCUUAAAUUCACUAUUCCUGCACCAAAAACUCCAACCAAACUCUUCAGCCUCAGCAAUGUCUUGCACUUGAUCACUCCAACCCGGACUGAAGUGAUUCCUCCUCUGAUCGAGAACAGAGAGUCCCGGACAUCUUGUGCACGUUACUUCACUGGCCUUGACAUGUGUAUCAGGGUAGAAUAUUCCAAUGCAAGUUCCAUAGAAGCAGCACCUUAUUAUCCACUCACUGGGGAAACCAGAUAUGAAGUGGAACUCCAGCCAACAGGAGAAGUAAAGGAAUAUACUGCAAGUGUUAUCUAUGAACUAAAGAAAGAGGAGGAAGACUUGGUAGACACCAUGAAAUUCAUUGCUCAAGCUGAAGGUGUAAAGAGAAGUGAAUCUACCUUGACCUUCAGAUACAACCGAGGCAAACAGAUCCUUACCAGUGACCUUCAGAUUCCCAGUUUUGACAUUGAUUUUGGUACCAACUUCAGAAUUACUGAUUCUUCCACUGAUCGGAGGAAAGCAUAUGCUUUUAUCUUAGACAUAAACAACAAGAAGAUUCCUGAAGUUACUCUUACAGGACGUGUAGGAUAUCAUGCUGGGAGAGAGUCAUCAGUGGAAGCUUCAAUCUCUAUUCCUCGCUUGCAGACUCAAGCUAAAACAGAUGUAUCACUGCUGCAACAGUCUAAUGGAAUGAUGUUUCAGAUUGACUCUUCAGCCACAGCUCAUGGCUCUUCAGUUUCAGAGAGAAUUGUUUUGAGAUAUGAUGAUGAAAAACUUGAAGUACAGUGGAAUUCUGGCACAAGUGCUGCCCUGAAGAAAAUGUCUGGUAAACUGCCUAUAGACUUAGAUGCCUAUUCCAAGACUUUGCAGAAGCAAGCCAGUGAACUGCUGGACCACAAAGUUGCCAAUACAGACAUGACACUCCGACAUAUUAUUUCACAUUUUAUAACAGCAACUAAUACUUGGCUACAUCAAGCAUCCAGAGAUGUCCCUUAUGCCCAACAUUUAAAGAAUAAAUUAAGUGGACUUCAGGAGCUAAAUCUUCAGAACAUGGACAUCAUCAGCAUUCCUGAACAACUUUUCUGGAGAAGUGAUGGCCAGAUUAAGUACACUUGGAACAAGGAAAGUGCUGUUUUCACCAUCCCAGUGCCUUUUGGUGGCCGAUCAUCCUAUGACCUAAGAAUGCCCCAGACUGUAAGAACACCUCCAUUGGUGAUGGAAUCAUUGGGAAUGAAGAUGCCUUCACAAGAGUACAGGGUUCCACCAUUCACCAUCCCAGAAUACUACACAAUGCGGGUCCCUUUACUAGGCACUUUUGAGAUCUCUUCUAAUGUGUACAGCAAUUACUACAACUGGUCAGGCUCCUACUCUUUGGCUAACACCACAAAGGAUGUCUAUAGCCUGAAAACAAGCUACUUCAUGAGAACUGAUUCUCUCUUGGAUCUACUUUCAUAUAAUACACAUGGUCAGGGAGAAGUCAUAAUUGACAAGGAUUUGUUCACCUGUGAUUAUGAAAACCUAUUGGAACACAGACUCCUCAAUUCAAAUUUUAAAUUCAGCAAAACAGACAAAAAUGGACUCACUCCCACUUCCAAAAAUAUCAUUGCAUUUAGGGCUUCCAGCCCACUUGGUGUUCAGUUUUCUACGUCUUACAAUGCAGAUUUCAAAUACAACAACAUGUUGCUUACUGGAGAAGGAAACCUGGAAAGCCAACUGAAUGUUGGUUCAGCCUUUGCAAAAGCCAGCUACACAGAGUCAAUGACCUAUGAUGAAAAUAGCCAUGUGGCAGCAGGGGAAUACAGCCUCAAGUUUGAUUCUUCAUUCCUUCAGGCUACUAAUCAGAUGACUGCGAGAUAUACUGAAGAUGAGUGGGCAAUGACCUCAGUCUCUAAUAUACAGAAUGGGUUUUUGACUAACACUGCUUCCUUAAAGUAUCAAAACAGCCAAUUGAUGUUGUCAUCUGAGACAGCAGGAAAACACAGGGACUAUACAGCUUUCAAUAAAUUUGACUUGACUCUACAGAAGCAGGGGAUUGCACUAAGCUCUGAGUAUCGAGCUGGUUGUACACAAGGCCAAGGCUAUGCUCUGAUUUCUGGCUCUGUUAAUAACCGAGGAGCUGAAUUGAUAAGCCACAUGUUGGCAAGAGGGGAAAGAAACAAAGCAGAGCACAAGUCUACAUUGAGUAUCAACCAAGAUGGACUAUCCAGCAGCGCAACAACAACACUGCAGUUUAGCCCACUGAUACUAGAGAAUGAAAUGAAUGCCCGUAUUGCCACCUCUGGGGCCACCAUGAAGAUCUAUACUAAUGGACGCUUUGGGAAACACCAUGCAAAAUUUGAUUUGGAUGGAAAAGCAUCUCUCACAGAAAUAGGGAUUGUAAGUGUCUGCCAGGGCAGCAUUUCAGAUGCAGACUGCAAGAAUACUUUUAACUUCAGAGUGAAUAAAGGAGGGCUGAAGUUCUCAAAUAACUUGAUAGGAUCUUACAAAGAAAUGAAGCUUGAACACACCCAUGACCUAAACAUUGUGGGCUUGACUUUGACUUACACUUCAAAUUUAGACCAUACCAUCAGCCCAGACAAGUCCCACAAACACCAUUUGGAUGUGCAGCUUCAGCCCUUUUCUAUCACAGCCAAUCUGAACAAUGACCUGAAAUAUGGUGGUGCUAAUGCAAACAACAAAGCCCGGCUGCAACUUGAGCCUCUAAAGGUAAAUCUGGAUGGCAAUGUGAAAGCUGGUUAUGGUGGCGAUGAAGUGAAACAUUCCUACACCUUCACCUAUGCAGAUUUGGCAUCACAUCUGAAGACUGACACAGUAGCAAACAUUCAAGGGGCAGCUCUUAUGCACAGAGUUAAUGUAGAUGUUGCAGGACUCUCCUCUUCAAUCACUGUCAAUAGUAACUGUAAUUCAAAAUUCUUAACAUUUUCUAAUGAAAUGCGAUCUGUUGUGGCUCCGUUUACUAUCACUGUUGACAUACAUACUAAUGGGGAUGGAAGACUCUUGGUCUUUGGCGAGCAGUCAGGGCAGCUGUACAGCAAAUUCCUACUAAAAGCAGAACCUCUUGCUUUCACCUUUUCCCACCUUUAUAAAGGAUCCACUGACCACAACUUAGGUUCUGGGAAGAGAUACAACACAUUACUUGAUAACAAAGUUGUUGUCCUUUUUACACCAUCAGAGCAAAGUAGCUCUUGGACAAUGAAGAGCCAACUGAACAAUAACGUGUACACCCAAGAUCUUAAUGCUUUUAACAAUGCUGAAAAAAUUGGGGUGGAAUUGAGUGGACAAACUUUAGCAGACCUCUCUGUACUGGACUUCCCUAUAAAUACACUAUUCACAGCUAAUGAAGGAAUCAACCUGAUUGACGUUUUUGAUUUAAGAGAAAAUAUAGCACAGCCUCAAGAAUUUGGCCUCUCUCUUUCUGUGAAGUAUGAUAAGAAUUCAGAUGUCCACGUCAUCAGUCUACCCUUCUUGGAAAAUUUGCCAGCUUAUUAUGAACAGUGGAGGAAUGCCAUCUUAGCUGCACUCAAAUCCAUUAAUAUGAACCUGAGAAACAUAAAUAUGGACCAGUACAUGAGAAAAUACAGAGCAACAUUAGAUAAGCUUUCCCAACAAGUGAAUGACUAUGUGAAUACUGUAAAUUUGGAAAGCACCGUGAAUAACCUACAAGAGAAAUUGGAUGCUUUCACAAAGGAUUAUAGCAUAACAGUGGAUGACCUUCAACUGGCUUUGGAAAGUGCUAAAAGGAGUCUUCAGGAAGCUUUGUCUCAGUUGCAAACAUUUCUGACAAAAGUUGACAACUAUAUUAUGGAGAAUUAUGACUUAAAGGCAGCUAUUGUACAACUUAUUGAACAAAUUAUUGAAAAAAUGAAAAUUAUAGACCAACAAUACAAAAUCAGCACACAAAUAAUUGACACUAUUCAACAACUACAAUCUGCUGUCUCUCAGUAUGACCCUAGUCAAAUAGGAAGCAGUGCUGCAGCUUGGAUUCAAAAUAUAGACACUGAGUACAAGAUCAAAGCUCAACUGCAAGAGAUACUAGACCAACUGAAAAGACAGAUUCAAAGUAUAGAUGCCCAAAGUCUUGCAGAAAGUUUGAAGCAACAGGUGGAGGCAAUUGACAUCAGAAACCUUGUAGAGAAGCUGAAAGUGUCCUUGCCACUUGAAAGAAUUAAUGAUGUUCUUGAACAAAUCAAAGAUAUGAUUCUUAAUUUUUUGGAGGAUUAUGAAGUGUCUGAGAAGAUAAAUGUCAUUCGAGCCAAAAUGCAUGAACUUAUGGUAAAUUAUAAAGUUGAUCAACGAAUGAAAGCUUUAAUGGAGAAGUUUAUUGAUUUCUCUAACCAACAGAAAAUCAAAGAAACCAUCCAGAAAUUAACCCUCUCACUGAGAAAAAUAGACAUUAAAUCCAUCUUCAGUCAAGUACUGAAAUUCAUUGAUGGCACAAUUAAGCAGCUCCAAACAUAUGAUUACGAAUUUCUAUUAAAUGAUAUCAACAAUCGUCUUGAGGUUCUCAUAAACAAGCUAAGGGUCUUUGACUACAAUAGAUUUGUUGAUGAAGCAAACAUUAAAAUACGAGAAGCAUCCCAGAAAAUAAAUGAUGAAAUCAGGGCGUUAGAGUUACCACAGAAAAUGGAAGCUACAAAACGCUACGUUAGAGAGGUCAGUGCUAUGGUUUCUCAGUAUAUUGAAGAAUUAAAAGAGACUAGACUUUCUGUACUUGUUAACUGGUUCAACAAUCUCCUAAGCUCUACUGUAAUAAAUGAACUGAGGAUUAAGGUCUGUGAUUAUCUGAAAGAUGCACGUGACCGAAUUUAUCAAAUGGACAUUGCAAUGGAAUGUCAGAGAUACCUUGAAAAAGCAAGUCAGCUGUACAAUACCAUAAUUACCUACCUAGCUGAUCAGUGGCAUACUGCCUCAAAGAAGAUUACUCAUUUAGCUGAGCAGUACAAUAUCAAAAAUAUGGCUGACAGUCUGAACCAAUUUGUUGAAACUGGUUUUAAAAUUCCUGAAAUCAGGACAGGUGUAAUCAACAUACCUGCUUUUGAAGUCAGCCUUCGUGCCCUACGAGAAGCAACAUUUCAAACUCCAGAUUUUAUUAUUCCAUUAACUGACCUACGUGUUCCUUCUUAUCAUAUAAACUUCAAGAAAUUAAAGGAAAUCAGAAUUCCAACAAGAUUUAAAACCCCUGAAUUUACCAUUCUAAAUACUUUUAUGAUUCCCUCCUAUACAGUUGAUUUGAAUGAACUCAAACUGAAGCUUGUGAAGACAAUAGACCAAAUAAUAACAAGUGACUUUCGGCUGCCACCAAUUGAUGUAUAUUUCCAUGAUCUGAAGAUGCAAGAUAUGUAUUUUUCUGACUUUUCUUUCCCAGAGAUGAAUUUGCCUGAGCUGCAGAUACCUGAAUUUGUCAUCCCAAAGCUGAAUUUGAAUGAUUUCCAGUUUCCAGAUGUGCAGAUUCCAGAAUUCCAGUUGCCACGUAUUCCACACUCUGUGACUGCUCCUACUUUUGGAAAACUAUCUGGUGCCUUCAGAAUUGCUUCUCCUUUAUUCACGUUGACCACUAAUGCUGCUUUCCAGAAUGUAACAGCUUUUGACCACAGCCCAGAAUUUGUGGCUUCUGUCUCAGCGAUAGCAACGUCCAAAAUCAACUCCCUUGCUUUCACCAUAACUGCUGAUACACACCUCUUGGCUCCUGAAAUGCAGCGGUUAAUCCUAAGAGACAAUUUCAAGUUCUCCCAUGUCUACCUUAAAGCUGAUCAUACAGGUGAAAUAAUAUUUUCAGGAACAUCUGUUGAUGGUAAUGCUGAAACAACAGCAAACCUCCGCAGUGCACGAAAUGCUGUAGUUCUUCACAACAAGUUGACACUCAAUGUGCAGAAGAAAAUUUCCAUGGAGAGCAAGACAACAUACACACACAGACUAAAUUUCCCACAUAUCCUGUUCACCAGCCAAGCUGAAUUAAGCAAUGAGAUAAAAACAGCCUUGGAAGCAGGUCGCAUAUCACUUACUUCUAUUGGUGAAGGAAACUGGAAAUGGGCUACUUAUGAUUAUUCUGAUGAAGGAACUCAUGAAUCAAGUAUCAGUUUCACAGUAGGGGGAUCUGUAGCAGCAUUAGUGGCAGAAAGCAGGAUAAAUGAUAAGUACUUGAAAGCAAAGCAAAGACUGGAAUAUGAAUAUAAUUUACCUAGUUCUGUGAGGUUGCAGGUUGAGUCUGCAGUGGAAUCUCCACAAGUCGGACGUAGUGCCCUAAACAUACAAGGCACAGGGAAUCUUGCAGAUAUGAAGAUGGAAGUAACUGGCACACACAAUGCUAAGAUGAAUGGAUACAUCUCCGGGACUCUGAAUAAUGAUGUGGCUUUCCUGGUAAAGCCCUUUGAAAUGAGUGCAUCAACAAAUAAUGAUGCAAAUGUAAAAGUUAGUUUCCCACUGAAAAUUGUUGGCAAGAUUGAGUUUCUGAAUAACUAUGGCCUGAUGCUGAGUCCCUCCACUCAACAAGUCAGCUGGAUAGCUGAGGGCAGAUUUAACCAAUACAGGUAUGCCCACAACAUGUCUGCUAACAACAAUGAAGAUAGCAUUGGAGCUUUUCUGUCUAUGAAUGGUGAUGCUAACUUGGAAUUCCUAAAAAUACCCAUCUCAUUUCCUGAACAAUCUGUCCCCUAUGUUGGCAUCCGAACACCUCAAGUGCAAGAAUAUUCUCUGUGGGAGGAAACAGGGCUGAAGAAUUUACUGAAAACCACAAAACAAUCAUUUGACUUAAAUGUAAAAGCUCAGUACAAGAAAAACAAAGAUACACACUCAUUUCAAAUUCCUUUAGAUGGAGUGCAUAGAGCUAUCAAUGACUACAUUGUGAUCUUCAACAAGCAUUUUGAGAGCGGUCGGGACAACACCUUAUCUUUCCUGACAGAAUCAUAUAACCAAGCCAAGACCAAGUUUGACAAAUACAAAGUGGAUAAUUCAGUGAGUCAAGUCCCACAGAUCUUCAGGAUUCCAGGGUAUACUAUUCCAGUAGUCAAUAUUGAGGUCUCUCCUUUCACAGCUGAGCUUCCAGCCUUUGGCUAUGUGAUCCCCAAAGAAAUGAGCACCCCAAGUUUCACUGUCCCACUUGUUGGCUUUUCAGUGCCAUCAUAUACAUUAGUCCUUCCAUCGUUGGAGCUGCCAGUCCUUCGUGUUCCCCAAGGUCUGAAGACACUUAAGCUUCCCAGCUAUCGAACACACACACCAUCCAACAGGAUCUACAUUCCAGCCUUAGGAAAUAUUACUUAUGAAUUUUCAUUUAAAUCUAGCGUGAUUACUCUGAACACAAAUGCAGGGUUUUUUAACCAAUCCGAUAUUGUUGCUCGCUUGAGCUCAUCUUCUACCUCUGUAAUUGAUGCCCUGCAGUAUAAAUUGGAUGGAACAACCAGUCUUACAAGGAAGAGAGGGUUGAAGCUAGCGACUGCAUUAUCCCUGAAUCAUAAAUUCAUAGAAGGCAACCAUGACAGCACCAUCAGUCUCACAAAGAGAAACAUAGAAGCAUCAGUGAUAACCACAGCAAAACUUGAUAUCCCUGGCUUAAAAGUAAAUUUUGGACAGGAACUUAAGGGAAAUGCUAAAUCAAAACCAAUAGUUACAUCAGCUAUUAAUUUAAAUUAUGAUUUUGAUACUGUUGGUGCCAGUGCUAAAGGAGCAGUUGUCCACAAGGUCACUCUAGAAAGCAUUAUAUCUUACAUAUCUGUGGAUACUUCAACCAAUGGUUUUAUCAAUGGAGCAUUUUAUACAGGGACUCCAUUUUCUGGAAACCUGGUUCAUGAGGCAAAUGCCUACCUAAAUGCUAAAGCUGUUCGAUCCUCAGUCAGGUUUGAGACUAAUUCUAAAGUUGAUGGAAUGUGGAAUUUUGAUAUGAGAGAAAAUGUUGCCAUUGAAGCAUCUAACCAGCGUCUUUAUGCAUUAUGGGACCACAAUGGAGAAAAUAAUCUACACUACCAUCCAUUUUUUUCAACUAAAGGAAAUCAGAAUUGCAAAGUAACUUUUGAAUUAGGUUCAGCAGGUGUGUCAGCUGUUGUUCAGAUACAAGCUGCCCAACCAAAUGAUUUAUUUGGUGCAACUUCAGCUAAUCAAGCCUUUUUGAUGACCCUCAAUAAUGGAAAUCAGAGGAUUAGCUGGACAAGUGAAAACCAAUUCCACUCUCUGUUCCUUGGACAUGACUUACAGUUAACAAAUAACAACACAGUUGCCCAAUUCACCACAUCAGGGUCUUUGGGAGGACACAUGGAUUUCCUCAAACACGUUAUGUUGCCAGUUUAUGACAGAAGCUUAUGGCACAUCUUGAAAUUAGAUCUCACCACUAGUGCUGAAGGUAGGCAGUACCUCAAUGUAUCAACAGCUGUAGCAUAUACAAAAAAUGAAGAUGGGUAUUUUAUCCCCAUAAAUGUGAACCAAUUGCCAACUCUGCAAAUUCCAUCUUACACCAUUGACCUACGUACAAUUGAAGUCCCCAAAACACUGUUCACCAUGCCAUUUGACAUCAGAUUACCUUCUCUGCCAAAAAUACAGUUUCCACAAUUAGAUAUCAUAACAAACUAUGUUAACUUAGAAGAUUAUAAAAUUCCCUACUUUGAGUUAAAUGUACCAGAGUACAUAUUGAAAGUGUCCCAAUCUACUCUUCCAAAGUCAUUGUCCUUUGGCGAUAUCACUGUGGACCUUAAUGCUGUAGCCAAUAAGAUAGCUGACUUUGACCUGCCUACAAUUACAAUUCCUGAGCAGCAGAUUGAAAUCCCAGCCUUCAAAAUUGCUUUGCCUGCUGGAAUUUACAUCCCCAAAUUUGGAGCUUUAGCUGGUUCUUUGGAGCUUGCGUCUCCAUUAUACAGUACUGCCUGGAAAAUGGAUUUCAAGAACCAAGGGAACUCUUUUGAACAUUCCGUUGAUUUUACUGCAAAUUCACCACUACAAUUUCUGGAGUAUGAUCUAGAUGUUUUGUUUACCUGCUUCUAUCAAGGGAAUAUCUUUAAAGGAAAUACUAAAAGCACCUUUGCUCAUCGUGAUCUGAGUGCAGAAUAUAACGAAGUGCUAAUUGCAAAAGGAUACAGAAUCCUAGAACACAAAGCAUCUCUGGAUAUCACCAGUCCAACAUUCACUGAUCUUCAAGUGCGUUACCAGGGAGGUGAAUCAACAAUUGCUACAUCAGUAUCUUCUUCAUCAGCUGGCACCCUUGGCCUCCUUAUUGAUCAGGACAGCGAUAUUCUCAGGAGCAAGAUUUUCUAUCGAUCUCAGUCAAACCCCAAGAACGACAUUGAUAUCUUAAAAAGUGAGAUAUCGUUCAAAAAUCCUGAACUGAUCCAAAUCAAGGCCAACUGGAAGGAGGAUGGUGUGAAUGACUUGCUCCAAGGUUUGAAAGAGAGAGUCCCUAAAAUGGCCAAUGCUUUGUACCUUGCUGUUGACAAGUACCACCAGGAGCAUACAGGAAUGGAGAUCCGUGCUGCAGCCUUAAAGCUCAAGGACAACAUGAGACAUAAUGCAGAUACAGCUUAUAAAAACACUUUAAAUGGCAUCAAUGAACUGGAGCAACAGCUUCAUCUAGCAACUAACCAAGCCACAGGGAAAUAUGAAAUUAUGAGGAAAAGAGCCAAAAAGUUAUAUUAUGAUGCUGCAGAUCAAGCCCACCAGAUGGACUACGAACAAAUCAGAGCCAGAAUUUUUGAUGCUACAAUGGAGACAGUAGCAGAAUACAAUAAAAGAGUAAAGCAUCUUAUUGACUCUGCCAUUGAAUUCUUGAAGGUAACAAGAUUCCAAGUACCGGGAGUGGCUGAGAAGCAUACUGGUGAAGAACUUUUUGUGAUGGCCACUGAAAAGUUAAGAGAAGCUGUAGAUGUCUGUAUUACAAGAAUACAAGAAUAUUUUGAUGCUUUCAUUGCAUUUGUCAAUGAGCUGGAGGUUAAAAUUCCAGCUUCUAGCCAGAUCAUUAAAGGUAGUUUUAUACUUGAUGAAAUCAGAGAAUUUUUAACACAUGUGCAAAAGAAAGUCAGUCAGUUAUUUGUUGGGCUCCAAGAAAUUGACUUUGCACAACAUCUAAGAGAUCUAAAAGAGGUAGUUCAGCAAGUCUUCCAAAAAAUGGAAGAGCUAAUCAGAAAUCUACAAGCACAAAACUAUGAAUAUGUAAAUGUCCAGAUAAAACAACUGUUCACAAAGGUUCUACAAGGAAUGAAAAGCUUAGCAGAAGAUGGAAAGUAUUUGGCUCCUCGUGUUGAAAACUUCAUCCAAAAUGUUGUGCAGCCUUGUUUCAGUAAGGGAGAAGAACUUCUGCAAAGUAUGAAAGACCUGCGGGAGGAAUAUUUUGACCCAAGCAUAGUUGGAUGGUCUGUUAAAUAUUAUGAAGUGGAAGAGAAAGUAUUGGCUUGGCUGAAGAGUUUUAUCAAUGCUGUGAUAGAAUGGCACACAAAAUACGUUAGUGAUUCAGCUGACAUGAUUGCACGUCUGGCCGAUCAAGCAAAAGCAUUUGUAGAUAACCAUGGACAGAUCACUGAGCUCUCCAAAUCUGCUCAAGACAAAAUCCUGUAUUGGUCUGAAACUGCAAAGAAGAGUGCUGCUGAACAAAACAAGCAAGUCAAGGAAAAGCUGCAGGAGGCAUAUGAACACCUUUCUGAUUCCUAUGAGAGGCUCAUAACUGCGACCAAAAGAUUGAUUGACCUGGCAAUAGAAAAUUAUGUUGCAUUCUUCCAAUAUUUCCAGCAAGUUCUGAAUCAGUUUGAGGAAGCAGCAGCUGAUAACCUGAGGCCUUAUAUAAUUGUUCGUCAAGGAGAGCUCAGAAUAGACAUACCAAAACCAUUUGACUUGCCCUCUGCUAACUCCCUUUAUCAGCCUCCCCAGUUAAGAGAGGAUGAUCUCCACAAGAAUGAACUGAUUCAGCAAGGCAUUGAUCCAAACUCACACACACAAAAAUGGGAAGAGCGCCUGAGUUUCAUUGAUCUGCAGAUUCAUGCUGGGCAACUGACCUUGCAACAGAUCAAACAAGAUGUACAGAACCCUGUACAAUCUUGAAUGGACAAGCAGAAGGAAAGAUUUGAACAAUUUUUUUAAAAAACAAGCAAGCAAGCACCCUAUUUAAAGCCAGCAAUCCAGCAGCUAUUGUUUUUGGGAUAUCAGGAAGUUAUUCAUUUGAAUUUGGUAUUUGUGAAAAAGAAAAGAAAAAGAAAAAUGAAUAAUCUGCAAGUUAGUUUAAUGCUCUGCAAAAGCCAAUAAAUGAAUUCUUCAUGA